AUGAUGUCGAUCCCGACCAACAAACUCAAGCUGGCUGUGGAGAUGGCUACCCGAGUAGAAUCAGCCCUAGCGAAACGGGUCGGUGACCAACCGGAGGCCCAAUGUGCGCCCCCUCAACAGCUCAAAACCCAGUUCGAAAUCAACGACUUGGCCGACACCGACCGUAUACUACUCACCAGCAAGUCCAUACAAAAUGACAUAGAAGAAUAUUCUGGUACGGUGAUCGUUACCAGAGGACGGUACAUGACUCCUAAAGAAAAAAAUCAAGCUUCAACAGAGAAAGCAUUGCAUUUACUUAUUAAAGGGCCGAAAGAACCAAAUUUAGCUCUUGCUAUUAAAAAAAUUCAAUCACUUAUUCAACGAGACAAAGAUAUGUCUAAGCAUCCAAAUUUGACAUCUGGCCCAUUGAUUAAUGGGGCAGGAAUAGAAAAAGUCUUAAUUGGCUUAGACCACGCUCCGCCAGCUUUUGACCUCAGAAAUAAAAUAUUAGGAUUAAACGGAGCUAAUCUUCAUUAUAUCAUGAAUGAAACGGGGGCUGUAGUAACCAUGCGAGGACGAGGUUCUGGAUUCAUUGAAGCUAAUGGACAAGAAUCAGUUGAACCUUUACAUCUAUGUGUCGAACAUGCAAAAAAUGAAGUACUGCAAAAUGGUAGACAAUUAGCAUUCAAUUUAAUCGAAACUAUUCAAAAUGAAUAUAGUCUUACAUAUUCGGCUAAUCAUGUGGCACCGCCGCCCAAUGUUGCACACCAACCAUCCAAUGUGCAUAUCCAACAACCACAAGUAAUCCAUCAACAAACUAUUCAAACCAAUAAUGGUCAAAUACAACAAAUGAAUCCACCUCAAUAUCAGACUGUCCAAGUCGCUGCACAAACAGGAAUGAUGACAUUACAGGACGGAUCACAAGUGGUGCAGACAUCUGUUGCUAAUGUUCAAAUGCCAUUUAUUACGCAACAAGCAGUACCUCAAUUAAUGGCUGUUCCUCCACCAGUAAUGGGAGGUCACCAACAACAACAGUCAGCACAAAACGCACAGGGGCCAACCCAUAUAGCUUCUUUGGGUCAGCAUCAAGCAUCGAUUAUGCCUCAAAUACAAACACAAGUAGUCAAUCAGCAACAACAGCACCAACUUCCAUUGUCUGUUACGCCAGUCAGCUAUUCGACCAUUCAAUCACAGCAACAGCAGCUAAUUCAGCAGCAAGCAAUACAAACUAAAAGUUUAGAAAAUGUUCAACAUACACCGUCUGUUACCCAUACUACUCCUACAACACUAGCUAAUGGUGUUAUUCCACAUACUCAGGCAUUUAUGACUCAAGCUGCACUUCCUAUACAAUAUAUUCAAACAUCUAAUGGCCAAAUUAUAGCGUACCAACCACAAGUGCAAUCUAAUGCAUUCCAAAUGGCUCAAUCUCCCAAUGUUGGUCAAGUGACCCAAUUAAGCCAGCAGUCAAACUCCGGGUUGAUCGGUACCACUUAUAUACUUGGUAACCAAAUGGCACAAUAUCAGCAACCGUCUGGCCAACCUGGUCAAGUCAUGAUUGUGCAGUACCAACAACCACCACCGGCCGAAAUCCAACAGCCCGCUAUGCAAACUAUUCAUUUACAACAAACACAGUCUGGUCAAUUGAUCCCAGCAAACAUUCCCAAUGGCCAAUUAAUUGUACAGCAGACACCAGGGCAACCUGCUCAAAUACAAAUGAUGAUGCCUCAACUAAAUCAGUUCCAAAAUCUUCAACCACAAAUCAUACAGAACUUGCCGGGUCUUUUACAAUCACAAGUCAGUCAAGCAUCUACUCAACAAUUGUUACUCCAACAGCAGGGCAAAACAUUUACACAGCAAACCGCUUCACCUGGUGGCAAUCAGUUAAUGUCACUGCCAAUAUCUCAUCAGAUUCUACAGUCACAAGGCAAUGGUAUUGUUACAAUGACACUUCCACAACAACAGCAACAACAACAAUCACACAAACCACAACAUCAGCUGAUUCAGACUCAAAUGUCAGAUAAACAACAAGUCAUCUACAAACAAGACGACAGCCAUCAACCUAUCAUGAUACAACAAGGACAGCAGCAGUCCAUUCAGUAUUUUCAACAAAGCAACCAAUUUCAAUAUCAACCCUUAAAACGGUCUUAUGAAAUGGUUGUAUCGGAAGGUGGAGGAAUUACUGGAGCCAAAAUAAUACGAACUGGACCAUCAUCAGCUACUGGUAAUGAUGGUAAUGACGACAACCAAAUACGCCAACUGACAAUUAAUGGUAUGGUAGCUACUUCAAAUACUGGGAGACGUACUCCGCAGACUAAUUUUCAGCAUCAAUUAGCAACAGGUGCCUCAAACAUUACAGGUGAUUCGCGCUCCAAGGAAUGUUCAAACAUGAAUGCUAAAGAAGACAUAAAUAAACAAGUUGACAGAAAUAAACAACAGCGAUAUCAGUUUUAUCCAGGCCGUGGAUAUGAACCAGAUCAACGAUCUGGUACUCCAGUUUCGGAAUCUAAUCGAACACAGUCUGUAACAUUCACAGUAUUGCCUGAUCCAAUGAGAAAUCAGACGUUUACUCCAGCUCAAGCUGCUGAUUUACACCAACAGCAGCAACAACAGCAACAGCAACAACAACAACAGCAACAGCAGCAACAACAACAACAACAGCAGCAGCAACAACAACAACAACAACAGCAGCAGCAGCAGCAGCAACAACAACAACAACCUCAGGCCACUAUUACAUACCAAACACAGCAACAAGUACCAUCAUAUUGGAUUCAGCAAGGUACCUCCCCCCAAGAAGGUACUAUCACCGGCACGUCCCCUCCAAAAGAAGGAACACUCCAUUAUGUAGAUUAA